GCGGCCGCGCAGGGGGAGGGAACGGGGCUGGCGCCGGUCGCGAGUAUUGUUCGUCUCUGCGUGCGCCGCCUCCGCCCCUACCCUGCGCCGGAGAACUGGCCGGGCCGGGUGCCCGGAGAGGGCAUAGGGGUUGGAGAGACGAGCGGGCCCACUUCUUUCCUGCAAGUGACGGACUCCCCGCGGCGCCCGGCCCCGCGCACAGCGGGUGAGCGGCGACGGGAGGCGCCAUGGCCGACAGGGCGAGAGCGGCGCUGUCGGAGUCGGGUUGGUAUCUUUCAGAUGAAGGAAUCGAAACUUGCAUAAAUUCAUCCGAAAAAGUCAAUACGAAUGACAUUAUCCUAGUUGCACUUAAUACAGAUUUAAGAACGAUUGGCAAGAAAUUCCUCCCCAGUGACAUCAAUGGUGGAAAGGUGGAAAAGCUGGAAGGGCCAUGUGUUCUGCAAAUACAGAAAAUACGCAAUGUUUCUGCACCAAAGGAUAAUGAGGAAUCUCAGGCUGCACCCAGAAUGUUACGUUUACAGAUGACCGAUGGACAUACAAGCUGCACAGCUAUAGAAUACAAUAGCAUGUCAAAAAUAAGCUUGAACACUCCACCUGGAACAAAAAUUAAACUUUCUGGAAUUAUUGAAGUAAGAAAUGGAUUCUUGCUCCUGGAUGAUAGUAACACUGCAGUUCUUGGAGGUGAAGUGGAGCAUCUUAUAGAAAAGUGGGAAUUGCAAAGGAGUUUAGCAAAACACAGUAGGAGUAAUAUUGGAACAGAAGGUGGCCCUCCCCCUUUUUUGCCUUUUGGGCAGAAAUGUGCAUCUCACAUGCAAGUGGAUAGCAGAGAGCUUGAUCGCAGAAAGACUCUGCAAAUGACAAACACUGCAAAACCUGUUGCUGACAACGAUGAAUUUGAAAAACAAAGAACAGCUGCCAUCGCAGAAGUAGCGAAGAGCAAGGAGACCAAGACAUUCGGAGGAGGUGGUGGUAACAGCAGAAGUAAUCUUAGUGUAAGUGCUGGAGGGAAUCGAAACAGGGAACUUUUCCAGAAAGAGAAGAUAACAAAACCUGAGGGAAAAAAUGAAGGUGUCUACAGAGAACUGGUUGAUGAAAAGGCUCUAAAACACAUAACUGAGAUGGGCUUCAGUAAAGAAGCAGCAAGACAGGCACUUAUGGAUAACAGUAACAACCUAGAGGCAGCAUUAAAUUUUCUUCUGAACAGCAGUAAACAAAAGCCCCUUCAGGGACCACCACCUAGAGGUAAAGGAAAGGGCCGAGGCCGAGUAAGACCUGAAGAUGAGGAAGAGCUAGGAAAUACCAGACCGUCUGCACCAAGCACACUGUUUGAUUUCUUAGAAUCCAAAAUGGGUACUUUAACUGUAGAGGAACCAAAAUUACAAUUUCAACCACCACAUCAAGUACAGCCCAAAGUUAUGAAUACAGAACAGAAUGGCAUCAAAGAAAAUCAUUCAAGGCAUAUUUCUCGUAAUGACAUGAGACAACCAAGGAAUGAGAAGCCCCCUCGUUUUCAAAGAGAUAUUCAGAAUUCAAGGCAGGCUUUGGAAAGUGGGGGAUUACCAAGAAACAGAGGUCCUGAAAGGCACAACUCUUUAGAACAUUGGACAGAGGACAAAAUUAAAAGUGACAGACAUUAUCCUAGAAAUGAUAGGCCAAAGGAUUUGGGUUAUCCCAUAGCUACUCACCAGAGUGAUAUUUCCUUUAAAAAAAGGGAUAACAAUAUACAAAACAGAAUAGGAAAAGGGGUGUCUUUCACAGAAUUCAAGGAGAACUCUGCUGUUCAAGAUACUACAGACAAUAAUAACCAGAAACGUGGGAAAAGGGAAAAUCAAAUACACAAUUCUGAAAAUUUUUGUGAUAGGAAAGCACGAACAAUAAGUAAUGAAACCUUUAUGGUAAAAAGUGAGCAACAUUUUGGUGUGAAUAAUGAUUUCCAAAACCCUGGUAGAACUGAUCAUUUUAAUUCUGUACCGAAUGGAGAUACAGAACAUCAUCAAAAAGGAAGACGAGUAGGGCCUAUCAAAUUGUCAGGACCUACUGUGAUUCCAUCUUAUGAUGACAAGAUUUUGUAUUACAACGCUGCACCCAAAAGGAGAUCUGGGCCCAUCAAACCAGAGAAAAUAAUAGAACCAUCAAUUCAUGCAGAGUAUGGAAAAACCUGGAGACCUGGGGAUGAAUGUUUUGCUCUUUAUUGGGAAGACAACAAGUUCUACCGGGCAGAAGUUGAAGCUCUCCAUUCUUCUGGAAUGACUGCAGUUGUUAAGUUCUCUGACUAUGGAAAUUAUGAAGAGGUGCUUCUCAGCAACAUCAGGCCGAUUCAUGCAGACACCUGGGAGGAUGAAGAAGAAACAUAUGAGCAAACUCUAGAAUUCCGCAGAGGAGGUGAUGGUCAACCAAGGCGGUCCACACGACCUACUCAACAAUUUUAUCAGCCCCCAAGAGCUAGAAACUGAUUAAUAAGAAUUAAAUGUGAUCUUCUUGGGUUGAAGGAAAAUUCACUGGCAGCUCCAACUUGAUGAAGACUUCUAGAAGAACUUCUGGCUUUUUCCAAGCAACAGGAUGAGACAAAAAAAAAGCUUAUAUAAGCAGAACAAAUUUGAACUUGAUACCACAGGAGACUUUUUUAAAUUCUUAGUUAAAUGAAGCUGAAUACUUUUUACAUAUGAAAGAAGCAAAUUGUCUUUGCUGCCACCAAUAAAACCACAGUGCACUAUUCUAUUCUUUGCCUUGCAUUCUUUUUACCGAGCAUACAUUUUUUUAGUUAACACAACUACUUGUGUGUUUAAUUUGUAUUCAUUCUGAAUUGAUUUUUGUUCUAAUCCUGUCUAUUCAAGUAGAUGUAAAUGUCCUAUUUCUCAGAAGCAAGCAGGAUUGGGCUUCAAGUUGAGGCUUUAGGCUAGCAUUAGUGCAACGUUUCAGUUUUUCAGCUCAUUGUUAAGUGAAGUUCUGAAUAGCAAUUGACUUUUUUUUCUAUUUUUCUUUUUCAAAGUUGCUAAAGGCCAAAAUUAACAAAUUUGCCUUUUAUUUUUUAUUAUGAGCUAUGACUAGAACAUUGAAAGGGAGAAAAAACUCAGUUUCAAAAGACAUUUUCUAAAUAAUUUUAGGUAAAUAUUCUCUUUUGAGGAAUAUUUAUAUUCUGGAAAUAGAAACACUUGAGAAGGUACAUGAAAGUAAUUUAAGCAAAAAAAAAAAAAAAAAAAAAAAAAAAAGAAAGCACAUGGGUAUUUUCCCAAGAAAAUAAAACAGCAUAAAUAUGUAUAUAGGUACACACACAUAACCUGUUGAAUUGUGGUUUCUAAAUUUUCCGUACUUUAACCUCUGUAUUUAUUGCUUCAUAUCGUUAUAUUAUUUCCAGUUAUCAUUGAUGCUUGAAAAAAAUUGUAUAUCUAACUGUACUUUUAAACCUAAGCUAUGUCUUUGAAUCUUAUGUGAUUAUGAAAAACAGUUGAAAUUCCACUACUUCUUUCAGAAAAGCACCACAAGACUGAUGCUCCUUGCAAGCCCCUUUUAAGCUUUAUUUUGAUGGUUUAAUUGAUUGAUAUGGUACAUAUGAGAUAGUUUUGUAAAGACAGAAUUGUAUUUGAUACCUGUAUUGGUGCUAUGAAUUAAGUGGUUCAAUUCUGCUAAAUUUCUGAAUGCUUAUACAUAAUUCUGUUUAGACAGAUUAGUCAAACCUUAGCAAGCACUGAAUGUUUUGUUGCCUUAAUGGAUCCUUGAGAAUUAUAAUGCAACUAAUUAGCAAUUUUAAAAAUGUUUGGAAACUUAGAACACAAGCUGCACAACGUGGAAGUUCUUAGCUAUCAGUUGACACACCAGAAGGCUUGUGUAGUUUGUUGGAUUUAAACUGGAGACCACUUCCCAAAAAACUGUAAAUCACUGUGGUCAGUUCUGCUAAAUUGUACUAGCAAGUAAAUAAGUGCAGAUAUGAUGCAUUGGGUGUUAGAUGCUUUACUUCCAGAAUUAUCACUGAGACCACUUAUAACAGCUGUUCAUUUUAAUCUGCAGCCACAGCAUUGUUUUAAAAAACAGAGUGGGUUUUCUUUUUGAAUAGACUGUGCAUUAAAUGAGAAUCCUAUUAUCAGCGUACCAAAGCAGUCUCUUAGAGUUCUUCUGGUCUUCUGGUCAUUCCUGUUGUGAACUAAAUCACUAAAUUUAGAUAACUGCAGUCAGAUUUAGCAGUCUGACGUGUAAAAAGUUGCAUCAUUUUGAAACUACCAAAUGUGUGUGAAGUUUACUGUAGGCAAAUUAAGUAUAUUUAAGAACGUUGUUUUUGUUUGGAAAACAGUGAAGCCAAUGUCCAUGACCAGGUCUUCUCUUCAGUGGUGCUAAGAAACUGGAAAGACAGAAUAAGCAAAAAAUGGGCAAGUCUCUUUGAUAGGAGAUGUUGUCUUAGUACGUUUUAUUAUUCUUUUCUAUUAUGGUUUCAACUGCAAUAAUGUAUUUUGAAAGCUCUGCCUGUUCUUUAGGAUUUGAAGAAUCAGUGAUUGAGUAUGUAAAAACUAUUUGCAUCAACUUGUUCUGAAAAACAUGAAUUCAUAAAUCCAUACUCAUCGAUUUCCAUACUUAAAAACAGCAUGAUGAUGUAUUUUAAAAUUUUAAUCAAACUCACAAAUACAAUUGUUUCCAAUCAUAAUGUUAUCUGGUUUACAUACAUGGGAGGAACAUCAAUUUAUUCAGCCUUUGAGAAGAAGUUGUCAUUACCAGACAGAUCUGCAGAAGUCAUGCAAAAGAUAUUUUGCCAAAAGCAACAGCAAAGGCAAGGUCCUGAACUUUGUGAGGCUACAUCUGUAUAGCAAAACAGAGAAUGUGGAGAACGAGCACUGGAUACUAGUGAUCCACACUACCUACUAGCUUACUUUCUGAUGCUGUUUUUUUGACUGCUCUUGACUGUUUCCAAGACAAACCUGUGACAAACUUCAACUUUUGCAAGCAGAACAUGAGGUAGUCUGUGCCUCUUAAGCUGUGAAUAAGUAGAUUCGUGGACUUAUUUUGCUGGAAAUACAGAUACAACUUACGAGAAUUUUCUGUGUUGAGUUUUAGGAAUGUAGUUCUAAUGAGAGAUUUUCUUGCUAUGGACUUGUAUAGAACAUUUUUACCUAAAGAAAGGGAAAAAAAAAUAGUCUGACUCAAAUUGUUUUUGAAAUGGUGUUACAAGCUAGUAACUAUAUUUAAAUAAAAUUGCUUCACGUUU